CAACAAUCAUAAUAAUACGUUAAUGAUCCCUUCAAAAAAUGGUCCAUUAUCAGACAUACCCUUUAUUUUUAUUUAUUUUUUACUAACCUUUUAUGGCAAUCACGCGCAAUGUGGAUCCUCAAUUUGGAUCCUCAAUUAACUAGAAACAAUCUCAACUACCUAAAACAAAGCAACUAGUCUUAGAUAGCUUUUACACUUGUCAGAUAUGAUCUAAUAAUGGAACUGACUAUCAUGAAUACUGCUCUUACUCCAUUAUCUAUUAAUACCUGAAAUGGACAGUACGAAAUUAUGGACAAUUUGAGCCUUUCUAAAAAGGUAAGUGUGUAAGAACUACGUUUCCCAAAAUGCAGCCCGCUUUCUACAUACAUCAAAGCGACGAAACAGUAUCCAGCCCCGAUUAUCCUGCGAGUGAAGCAAAACAGCUACUUUGCUGUAUUUUUCGGCCCCGACAAUUGAUGUGUUGUGGGUUACUGCAUCUAAUCGGAUAAGGGAAGUGUGUAUUUUGCUUGGUUAACGAAACAGAGGAAGUUGUACACUGGCUAGUCAGCUAACUGUACUGUGUAAUCUGACUUCGCCAGCCAGCGACUGUUAUGUUUACCAAGCAUGUCGCUAGCAAGCAGGCAGCGUUCGAGUGUGUGCGUGAUCAGUCACCUCAUUUCGUAGCUGACUUGUGAUGGUUGAAAAAGUGCGGGAUGUGUCUGUUGUCACUGUGCACAUUACCAGAAAGUCGUCGGCUGUAUUGUAGGGAGUUUGCAAACUGUACAUUGUAAUCGAACUUUGGAGAGGGCUUUACAAGAACCCCGUAAAGAAAGGCAGCGGUGCAGUCAAGGUCCGAUGACUUUACUACUGCAUACAGUUAACGGGGAAGCUUAUCACGUUAUUUCACUCGCCGACAACUACUACAGCUACUGACCCACUUGGCAAGUGGGAUUGAAUGGCUUAGCCAGUUAACUGAAGUUACGGUACAUCUGCCUUUUGUUUUUGUGAUAACAGAUGUGCAAACCAUCAAGCUAUCGUUAACUGUGGAACUGCGGAAGUGUUAUAUAUCGUUUUUAUUUUCUUUCUGGAAAUUCUACCACCAUGGGAGAUAAGGGCGACAUGAAUGCUAACCAAAAUUGCCAUGCUACUGGAGACCCCCAGUUGGACAAGGCCAUUUACCAGUGGAUUACUUGGGAUAGGAACCCCCUGACGCGGGCCCAGAUUGAGGCACUGGCUCGGGAGAGGAACACGGUGGAGCUGAGGAAGAGGCUCUGCUCCAGGAUGGCGUUCGGGACGGCGGGCCUGAGGGCGGCCAUGGGGGCAGGCUUCUCCCGCAUCAAUGACCUCACCAUCAUCCAGUCCACACAGGGCCUGUACAAGUACCUUGCCAAGUUUCUCCCUGACUUUGGGAGCAGAGGGCUUGUGAUUGGCUAUGACACGCGAGCCCAGGAGACCAGUGGCUGCACCAGUGAACGGCUUGCAAGGUUGACUGCAGCUGUUAUGCUUUGUAAAGAUAUUCCCGUUUAUCUCUUUUCUACAUAUGUGCCUACCCCCUUUGUGCCCUAUGCUGUGAAGAAGCUGGGUGCUGCAGCAGGGGUCAUGGUCACGGCCUCCCACAACCGUAAAGAAGAUAAUGGAUUCAAGGUGUACUGGCACAACGGGGCCCAGAUCUCCUCUCCCCACGACAGGGAGAUCCUGCGCUGCAUCGAGGAGAGCACGGAGCCCUGGCCCGAGUCCUGGAGCGAAGGCCUGGCCGACAGCAGCACCCUGAGGAGCGACCCCCUGGACACCAUCACACGCCUCUACAUGGAGGAGCUCACUUCCGUCUGCUUCCACAGAGAGCUGAACAGCCAGUCCCCUCUGAGGUUUGUGCAUUCCUCCUUCCACGGCGUGGGGCACAACUACGUCCAGAAGGCGUUCCAGGCCUGUGGCUUCCCCCCGCCCAUCCCGGUGCCCGAGCAGAAGGAUCCCGACCCAAACUUCUCCACUGUCAGCUGCCCCAACCCAGAGGAGGGCGCUUCAGUCCUGGAACUUUCACUCCGUCUGGCUGAGAGAGAAGGGGCCAGGGUUGUCUUGGCAACUGAUCCUGAUGCUGACCGCUUGGCUGUUGCGGAGCACUGUGACAAGUUUGGGUGGAAGGUGUUCACAGGGAACGAGCUCGCCGCCCUGCUGGGCUGGUGGAUGCUGUACAACUGGAAGGAGACACACCCCGACCCCUCUGACACGGAGAAGGUGUACAUGCUGGCCACCACCGUUUCCUCCAAAAUCCUCAAGGCCUUCGCACAGAUGGAGGGCUUCCACUUUGAGGAGACGCUACCUGGCUUCAAAUGGAUCGGAAACAAAAUUCACGAGCUGGCAAAAACAGGAAAUGAGGUCAUCUUUUCCUUUGAGGAGUCUAUUGGGUUCCUAUGUGGUAACAUGGUUCCUGAUAAGGACGGGGUGAGCGCGGCUGUGGUAGUGGCUGAAAUGGCCACCUACCUCGACACCAAGAACCUGACCCUGAACAAGCAACUGCAGAAUGUUUAUGAAACCUAUGGCUACCACAUUUCCAAAACCUCCUACGUCAUCUGCAACCAUCCACCCACAGUCAAGAAAAUCUUCACCCGCCUUCGAAACUUCGAGGGUGACAACGUGUACCCAAAGUCCUGUGGGGGAUACAACAUCAUGAGCAUCAGAGAUGUGACCACGGGGUAUGACAGCAGCCAAUCUGACCAAAAAUGUGUGCUUCCCGUGACCAAGAACAGUCAGAUGGUCACCUUCACGUUCCAGAAUGGCAUCGUGGCCACUCUGAGGACCAGCGGCACGGAGCCCAAGAUCAAGUUCUACACAGAGUUCUGUGCGCCGCCCGGAAAGAGUGACAUUAUGAAUCUGGAAGACGAGUUGAAGAAAGUAACAUCUGCUCUCGUGGAGGAGUUUCUUGAACCAGACAAGAAUAAUCUAAUUCGACGACACGUCUAGUGGCCCAGCUCUCCCUGGGUCCUCCACCCAUCAGUUAGUCCCGGAGCAUUGUCUGUGACAUCUGUGGACACCCUUUGAAUGUAUCUCACUGUGAAAACGUGCAUUUCACUUUAUGAACUCCAAGUGGUCGACAGCUCUUUUUUUUUGUGGACAUCUGUUUAGUCCAUUCUGCUGCUAAAUUGGCGUUUAAGAUACCUGUGCGUAAGUGUCCCUCGCCAUUCGAAGCAUGUGCUGUACUUAGCCACAGUAUACUCAGUUAUCUGUAAUCUGUAAUCUGUAUACAGUAAUCUGUACACAGUUCUUAAGCCUUGUACCUUGUACCGAGACAUCGUUUUCUCACGUGUCUGUUCUUGUACUAUAUGUUUAAUGCAUUAAGGUAUUUAGUAUGUCUAGUUAAUCCGAUUGCUCGAACAAUCCAUGCGCUUACUCCAGUUUCUGUCCUGUGGCUGGCGUUCUAGCUUGUUGCAGCAGCGUGUACAAAUGGCUGUUUGUAUGUCAGCAUGCGUGGUCAUAAAUAGCACUUACUGUCCCAUGUGGCCUACUAUAUGUGUGCUGUGCUGUACUGUGUGGACGUACUCUGUGUAGCGUUGCACUUAGAUACACCAGGGGGGGGGGAUGUUCGGCCCCCAGCCUACCCUCCCCAAUCAUGCGUUGUUAUGUAUGUAUGUAUGUAUGUAUGGAUCCAUAAGUGACAAUCAGGGGGCUCGCGGUUGGUCGGAGUAGACCGUCAGAACCAUUGAGCCCACAGGGUCAGAGCCGUGGAGGGUGGAUGAAACAUAAUGCUGGCUUUUUGAGUUAGUGGUGGGUAUUGUUCUAGUGCAUUCCGGUGUCAACCAGGUUUUGCCAGUAUGGCAUGUACAAAACAAUAUCCAGUUAAUUUUGAUAUUGAAUGGAUUCACACAGUGGUGUGUGAGUCUAAAAACGAAUGAAAUGAACGAAAUGAAUGUGCCAGUGAGCACUGGGUAUUGAACACAUGCUCACCGAUUUCAGGAUGAAAUACGAAAUAAGUUCCAUUGAUUAGUUUACCUAUUUCAGUUCAAAUACAACACCGAAAACAAGUCUGCUGCAUUAACACAUACGUGUGCUUGUCAUAAUAGCAGGUUUAGUCAGUUACCUUGCUAUGUGCAGUGGCCACGUGAUUCGUAACCUUAUAUGUUCGUCCUGUUUGUCUCCAUAGAGACUUCGCUAUAAUCCAUUUCAAUGGUCGAUGAAGAUCCUGUGGUCUGAGAAGUUUUUUUGGCAUUUUAUUUGCAUUGUUUAGGCUUUUUCCACAGUACUGUGCUGUCAGAUGUGUUUUUGGUUGAAAGCAGUGUGUUGUUGUAGUAGUAGUAGUAGUAGUUGGGUUAUCUCCAGUGCUUAAGAGCACCACCUGCUGUUCUUGUAGCUGUUGUAUAAUGCUGAAUUUAUAUUUAAGUUAGUUGUUUUUUACUGUGACAUGUAUCUCAUGAUAUUCCAUAAACAGGAUGUUUUGUUUUUGUUCUUUUCCAAUGGAAGCUGAUGUAACCACCAAAAAUACUUAAAUGUUAAUAAUGACAGACCGUGAGUUCAAAUUUGAUGUAAUUUGAUCGUUAGCCUGCAAUGAAAAAGCCAAAAAUUAUCAAAUAGGCUGUGUAAAGAAUUCCAGUGUAACUGGUAACAUUUAGAUACCUAGAAGAGCAUAUUUAUAUAAAUAUAUAUUUUCAAUUAUAUUUUUGGGAAAAUAAGAAUGCAAAUAAUUGUGGAAGGAUGGAAAUUCAUUGUUGUUGAAUUUUUGUUUUCAGUUUGCAAGUGGAAUAUUUAUUUUCUGUAUUUACAGUAAAAUAUUCAAUGCCAAAUUGCUAUAUAUUGUGUUACAUCUCUCUUAUUUAUUUACUUCUGUAUUAUUAUUUUUUUAGUAAAGUAAUGAUAUUCCA